CUACCGGACCCUGCGCUCCGCCAGACCCCGCCCCCUCCGCUCGGGAAGAUGGCGGCGCCCUUAGCGCAGCAGCUGGAGGAGCUGCUCAACCCCCGGCCCGACUUGCGAGACCCCGAGGAUGACGCGGAGGAAGCCACAGUUGCUAAAGUGAUUGACAGGUUUGAGGAUGAGACUGCAGAUGACAUUUUACCUGUUGGUAAUAUACGGAAAAAAGCUUCAGCCUCUCUCUUAGAAGCUGAUAAAAGGUACAGCGGAAAAGCAACAUCUCGCAAAGCCUUGCAGGAAGAGCUCUGGGGAGAUGCUCUGUCUGAAGAAGGAUCUGCUGAAGAAACCUUAGAUGAGUGGUAUAGUGGCAGUGAAGAUUCAGAAGACAAUGGCAGCUUGGGCAGUAAAACAGAGGAGCAGGCCAGCAGUGCUGGCAGUGACCAGGAGGAUAAUAUGGAAGAUGAUGGAGAGAGAGGUUCCUCUGCCAAAGCACCGAAGUUCAGUUUCCAGAAUGUCACGGACUUUGAGAAAUUUGCAGAGGGGAUGGAUGACGUUGGGAGCAGUGAUGGAGAAGAUGAAGAUGAUGCCAGCAUGGAAGAAGGAAGUGAUGAUGAGAAAUACGAGGGGGAAGACCACGACCACAUAAAAGGCACCAAUGACAACGAGGAUGACGGGGGGGUGAUGACGUUCUCAAAGGGACAAGCAAGUGAUGAGGUGGAAAAAGGAAAAGCGGUGAAGAAUCAGCUCGCGUUGUGGGAUCAGAUCUUGGAAGGCAGAAUCAAGAUGCAGAAGGCACUUGUAAUAGCCAACAGGCUUCCUCAGCCAGAUACUUUCCCCCUUUUCAGAAAGGAAGGUGGACAGGAAUUCGACAGUGCUGUGGAGAGCUGUUGUAAAGCCAUAGACACAUUGCUGGGAGUACUAGUGGACAUUCAGGAUGAGUUGCUUUAUCAAUGCCCGGGCACAAGGCACCUGGUAGAUGGAAAACAAUCAAAACCUGAGAGUGAUGAUGAAAUUCCCAGCAGCAGCGAUGAAGAGCCAGCAGGUGAAGCUCAGGAGAAGAGGAAGCGCCCUCCCAAACGAAAGCUGAAGGCGGAGGACUUCCCAGAGUUCAUAGCCAAGAGGUACAACGACUACAGGACGUACCGGAACAGCAUCCUGCAGAAAUGGCAUGAGAAGACAAAGCUGGCAUCUGGCAAGAUGGGCAAGGGUUUCGGCGCCUUUGAGCGUUCAAUCUUGACUCAGAUUGAUCAUAUUUUGAUGGACAAAGAGAGAUUGCUACGGCGGACACAGACCAAGCGAUCAGUGUACAGAGUGCUGGGGAAGAAGGAGCAGGAUUCCCAUCCAGCCCCUGAAUAUUUGCCUGAGAAUUCGGAAGUCCUCCCUGAGACAGAUUCCAACAGGCACCUAAAGGACAUAGAUGAGGAAAUAUUUGAUGAUGAUGACUUUUAUCACCAACUCCUUCGAGAACUGAUAGAGCGUAAAACCACUUCAUUGGACCCCAAUGAUCAAGUCGCCAUGGGCAGACAGUGGCUGGCCAUCCAGAAGCUACGAAGCAAAAUAAAGAAGAAAGUGGACAGGAAAGCCAGUAAAGGAAGGAGAAUCCGGUAUCAUGUCCAUAGCAAGCUGGUGAGCUUCAUGGCACCUAUUGACCACUGUACGAUGAAUGAUGAUGCCAGGUGAGAUAGAGCACCGUACUUCUCUAACAGCACACAGCCACAUUGGACAAGAAGAAUGCCACAUGUGCUUUAAACUGCAGGUGUAUUAAUAAGAAGGAGCCAAGCCUGUAUACAUGAGAGGGAAGCAGACACGAUAACACCUUUCUUCUGUGACAGAAGAAGGUAACUUUAUUGUUUCCACGUGUGAAUUACUACAUUGAAAAUGCCGUGUAUGCUUGACAGGGAUGUGACUGUGCUCUGAGCUGUUUUUUUUCUUGCUCAGGCACUUAAAAGACGUGACCCCAAAGUAAACAUGCAUCAGAACAGCAGAGUGCUCUGUGUUGCAGUGUGAGAAGUGUAAAAGUAUCAGUGAGCUGUGCAUAAAGAAGAGUAGCAAUAGAGCUGGCUGCACAUUCCUCAAGUUCUACCAGUGGCCACAGUGUCAGGUAGAUACCUGGAAAGUGGCAGUGAAUAAAUACGGAUGUGCAGAUGUGAAUGGGCAGAGUGGUGCUCAGGCUCUGGUUCUGCUGGGGCUGUGCCAAGCCCUCACAGCCCAGUUGCAGCCCCUUCACCACUGGGGCAAAAGCAGAAAGGAGUUGUCUGUGACUGCAGCACUGUGUUGCCCAGCCCCUUUGUGUGUGUUUGCACAGAUAACUGAAUGUAGGGAUAAAUCUGAGGCCUGGUUUUCCUGUACGUUUGAGCCAUCUUACGCUGCUCUGGCUGUGCAGAGAAGGGCAUAGCUUCUUGGCACAACUUAAAAUCGUGCCAGGUGAUGCUGGGGCUCACCUGAAGGCUCCUGGGUGGCGUUGGUGUGGCUGUGGGCAGCCAGGACUCUUGGGCACAUCAAGUUUAACACUGGCUGGGGAAACAAGGAGCAAAUGUUUGAGGAGAAACAACCUGUGUACUGUGUGGGGAAGGGGAUGGAUGGUCACUCCAGAAUUGUUUUACAGCCUGAAUUUCAAAAAAGAAACGUACAAGUAUAAUGCUGCCUUUGUCAACAUCACUGCCACGUUCUUUCUUAUUCUUGCUGCUGGUUGGAAUAAUAGCAUUCGUGCAGGCAAUUAAUCUUCCACUUGCCAGUUUUUCCAUGCACCCUACGCAUGGGCAUGGCUGUUUAACCUCGUGCUCACAUAUAUUAUGUUGUAAUGUGUGGGACACUGGUGGCCUCGAGCUCUCCUCUGUUUUAACCCCUCUCUGGUAGUAUUUUAAAACAUACACUGGAAAGUGAUUUUUAUGGUUAUCUUGGGGUAUAUGUUUAUAGACUUAAAUACAUUUAUGGUACUCUUGGGCCAAGGUUCUCCUAAUCGGUCCAAGGUCAUUGCUAUGUAAAUGGACCUGCCCUGUGACAAGGAAGCUGAAGGCAAAAGCUUGAAUGUGAGUGCCCUGCAGUGGUGGAUUGGAGGAGAGUAGUGGGCUCAGAAAGGAAUGGAUCUUUGUCAGAAUGGCAUCGUGUGGGUGUCACCUCCUGGCCUUCCCUUGAAAUGUGCUUUUCCUGUCUUCUCCACCUGGGGUCCCUCCUUUGACACCAGCAGCUGCAACAGAGCUGGCGAGCUGCCCUUCUUCUCUACUCUGUACCUUGGGAAAAGAGGCACAGGAGGUGACAGACCGAGCCUCGAGGUUCCCAGUAAAGGUGUGCAGGUCCAGAGCCAAAUGAGUGCAUUUUCGUAGCUGCAGGAGUGGAUCCUCCAACCAGUGUAGUUGUGAGGUCGGGUAAGGUCUGUGCUCCUGGGAGGACGUGAGUGGAUUCUGGUGGUGUUACAUCUCUGUCAGCUUUGAUAUAUGGACCUUCAGAUCUCUGCGCUGUACGUGUGUGCAGCAGAGAUGAAACGUGGACAUUUUGGAAGGAGGUCCAGUAUCAAAUUACUGCUCUGUUUGAGGAACAUCCUCAUCAUUUUACCUCUGGAGGAUGGGGAACUUGUGAAAGAGGCAUUCUUUAAGGACACAGAUGUUUGGUCCUCACGCCUUUAUCUCCUGAGACGACCCAGGUUAUUCUGACAGGUAAAACAAGAUUGUGCAAAUAUGCAACAGUGAUCUAAUCAGCUGGAACAACAGCAAUAUUUUAACUGGCGCUACCUUUUAACAGCAUCAUUAAGGGCUCUCAUUACUCUUUUAUUAGAGGCUCACUCUAUUUCUUAUCAGAUUACAGAAUGAACAUAACUCAUGGCACUGAUUUGAUCUCUUGUUAAAGAGGAUUACAGCUUUGCAUUAACUUGGAUUGACACGGUUUAUAAUUUGCUGUUGAUACACAUGCUGGUGGUGUCACAUGUUUGACCCCCCUCCCCACAGCACUGCUGAGGAAAAGGACACCCAUACAUCAUCAUUAAAGAUGGCACUGGUGCAGGAACGGGAGGCGAGGGGAGGCCUUCCUGCAGUAAGGCAGGCAGGACAAAAGAGUGCAUCCUCAGUGCAAGCUGAAGUUCAGUGCUGGCUGAAGGGCAGCUUUGGGAUGGGUCCUUUCUCACCUAAGUUAGCCCACAGGUUGCUGCUUUUGGGCAGAAUUGAUCGUGCACCAGGACCCUCUUUGCCUGGCAGAAGUUAUGUGGUCAUCGUGUCCUUGCUUGUAGGAGCUGUGGGCCGUGGGGGCUUCAGGUCCUGGCUGUGUGCCCCUGCUUGGUACGAGAGCAGCCGACCUGCUGUGCUUUUGGCUGCUUUAGUGCAUGCAGGCUGUGUCUGCUGGGGAGCAGAGUGAAGGCACAGCUUAUCCUGCUGCCAGGGAGCUGUGGAUUAGAGCUUUGCUUUUGGAUUCAGCCAGGAUGUUGCGUGCAUUCCCAAGCAGCUUUCUCACUUUUGGACUUAGUGCUGUUGCUCUGUCGCAGUGUGUCUUGCAGCAAGCAGAAGGGGGUACGUCGUAGGAAAUCCCGGUAUUAAAAGAUUAAUUUACUUAUGUGACAUAAGAUUUUAACGUAAGAAAAGUAUAAUAAAAAAAGUUGGUGAGAUAGCAGCCUUUAACGUAGCUCACUUUGUGCUGUGGGUAUUAAAACACCGUGAGACGAGAUUAAUGGGGGAAUUUGGGUGCUGAGAUUGUCAAUCCAGAACCAUUCAUCACGACAGAAGUCCCUGCCAGCAAGCAAAGCAUUUCUUCCUGAAACAACUGCAGCUCCUGUGCUGCGUGGAACAAGCACUGGCAACUGCCAGUGAGAAGAAUCCUUCCAAGUUUGUACAGGCACAGCCUGGAAGAACAUCAGUCCAGGUUUGCACCUGCGUUGUUGUGUGAAACAGAGCAGCGCUGGCAUCGGGGGCUGCCUCUACAGCGUGACAUUUUGGGCAUCGUUUGUUUGGUGGAUUUUGACCCCAUAACUUUUGGCUCAGCCUUAGAAGUCGACUCGUGUCGAUGCUGUUAUGUGCCCCAGGUGGCCUUAGGCUGCAGUGCUUGGAAGGGCUGCUGUUGGAGGAAGGAGUCACCAUACGUUUGGAGGCUGGCAGUAGUGAGGUGGUAUCCGUGCCCCCAGCUUGUGCCAAUGGGCUGAAAUCAUCGUGUCCCAGUGUCUGAUGUUUGACGUCCCUGGUAAGAAGACAGACGCCUCUGUUAUGGAAAUUUCCUGUUUAAAGGGAAAAAAAAAUAACCUGUUAAGAGCUGCAGGAUGAUUUGUCGUCCUUCCUUUGUGAGACAAUUUGUCUUCUCCUGCAUCAAAUCUGUUAUAAAACAGUCAAGCUGUGAAAGAGGGAAAUCAUCCUAGGAAUAUGGGAUGUUAAGGCACACAAAGAAUGGUCCCUCCGUGUGGGGUGUGCACAGCGUUACGGUGCCUGCUCUGCUCAAAUGCCCAUCUGAAACAAGGACCGAGAAGGCAACAUUUUAUGGAUUUCAUGGGGAAAUUAAAGCUGCUAGGAAACGUGAUGGCAGAGCGUGCUGGAGCUUUCUGAACCUUUCCGUCUUUUGCUGCUUCUCCUGCCACUUUUGCAUCUUUUAUAUGUCAUGUUGUAAAGGCUCACAUGAAACUGUGAAUGCUGUUGGGACUGAAAUCAGGAUGAGAAAGCUUCCUCUGCUGCAGUUGCUGAUUGUGUCGCAUGUGAGGCCGGUGAAGAGGCAAGAGGCCGUGUGCUGGCUUCAGGGGAGGGUGGGCAGCACCGGUGAUGGGUGAGCAUUGUGAAGCCUGGCAGAUUCCACGGGCAGCAGCCUGGCUGUCCACCUGCCAUUUCCCACUCCAUGGCCUCACUGUGCAGAGUCCCUUUGUUUAGGGCAGGAACCAGCUUCCUGAAAUGUUAUAAAUCUCGUGCCUGGUCUCAGGAGACAAACCAGAGGUCACAUGUCACCGCUCAUAAUUUAAAGCCAUGGGGCUAAAAGCAUUUGCACGGACUUGAAGGACCCAAUCCUGACCUGCCUGAACGAGAGGGAAUAGCAGCAGACCUUUCUGAAUCUCCUUCAAGCACUGGGCACGGCGAUGAGAGCCGUCUGCUGUGUAAUUUAUAGCUGGAGUUGUGUGUCUGGGGUUGGGUGCUGGGAAGUGAGGGAGAAAGAGAGAGAGAGUGCCAUCUCGUGGGGCUGCCAUUGGUGUGGGAUGGUCAUCGUGUCAUGGGGCUGCCAUCAGAGUGGGACGUUUGGCACAUCAUGGGGCUGCCAUCGACACAGAGCGGUCAUCGUGUUGUGGAGCUGCCAUCAGUGUGGAUCUGCUGUCAUCCUGUGGGCUUGCCAUCAUCUCCCAGGCCAACCAUCUCGCUGUCCUGCUGCCCUGCAGCCCCACAUGACCCCGCAGCACUGCAAGCACACCGCUGUGCUUUGCGCUGUGUUUUUGAGGCCCCUGGCUUUCAAAGACCCCCGGUAUUUGAGUGCUGCUCUGAUGAAGGCUGCCACUCGUUUUGCUCCCCAUCAAUCCUAGAAUUGUUGCUACAGAAGUGUCAGAGUGGGAAAUGCACGUUAGGUGUGUGAAAGCAGAGCCAAAUCCCAUAUGCUGCGUGCUGAUUUUGAGCAACACUUUGGGCCUGAGAUUGAGCAAGAAAGCACUGCAGCUUAUUGUACCUUCCUGGGUUCCUGCUGUGCUUGCUCGGAGCCCAGUAACCUAAAUUUCCUACUAGUGGACAAAAGAUUUCUUAGGAUACAGAUGGAAAACUUCCCAAGCAAAUGACAGGCAGCCUUCUGCGUUCAUCAGGUGUGUGCUUUUCAUCCUCCAUUUCUUGAGGGGUCUUCAUGCUGUCUCUUCCACUGGUUUUUGUGAAUUAAAAAUGCGUUGUUCCUGGUGGAGGAUGUCACGAGCAAUGGGGUAGUUGUAGUUAUUUCAAUACUGCUUGGGGCAUCUUCUAAAUUAUCUUUUUUUUUUCAUCCUGGAAGAGGAGAAGAAGGAAAAGGUACAUGGGAAAAGGCACAGCGAUGCGUUGGAGGGUAUUUUUAUAGAAGCAGCACAGCAGUGACUCGUGGCAGUGCUGUAUUAAUAGCACUCUGAAAAGAAAGAAGAAAAAAACCCACCAGAAAUGGAAUUUUUCCCCUUAAUUUUGUUCUUCUACCAGCGUGCAGAACUGUAUUUUUUUUUUUUAUUAAAAAAAAAGGAAAUGGCAUGAAUGUAAUUACACCAAGUGGCCCGGCGUUGGCCGUUCGGUGCUGUGUGGGGAUGGCUUUGUUUUCCCUUUUGUGUCUGAUGGAAGAGGGGCCGAGCAGUGGAGCUGGGGAGAAAUGCCCAAGUAAUGAAGGUGCCGUGCUCACACACAUGCUUUAUGGCACAUGGCUCUGUGGCUCGUGAUCAUUUGUUUCCAGAAACGGGUUUUAUGAUAAUACAGUAAAAAUAUUAAAUUAGAAAAUGCCUCACUAAGGGUGAUAAAACCUUACUACAGUGGAAAUAGGUAAUUAUCCCCUCUACAGCCUAAAUGACAGUUUAAAAGAAAUAAAAAUGUUAGUGCUCAUUACUUGCUUUUGUAGGUUGCAAUAAAGGGUAAGUUAAAUUUUAAUUCAAGGAAGACCCCUGCAUCGACCUGCUUCCUCGCACUGCACCUGAGCUGUGGGUGCUGUUCACUACUCAGCACGGCGUUGGCACCGCUGCCCCUCGCUGCUGAAGUCAUCUUCCCUUGUCCGAAGGCAGCAGCCUUGUGCUGGGCUGGCUUGGCUCAAGUCGGUGGCUCAGGUCUGAUGGUUAAUAGACGUGGGUGAGGGAGAGAAACUGGAUGUUUUUUAGCCAAAAUCCGGGCUCAUUACGCUUAGCCUUAAGGGGGCUGGGAGUAUUAAAAUCCACACUUACCCUGGUGAAUUGAAACAGAGACAAGGUUAAACCUGGAGGAUUGAUGAGUUUUACUCUCUGCAUGGUUAAAUCCUGCUGAGGGGAGAUGCUGUGAAAGAAGGGCAGCCUGGAUGGUGGGAGGAGGGGGGAAAGGAAGAAGGUUGUGUCGUCAUGUUUUCUUUAGCAGGGCAAAACGCUUGUUUUGAUUCAGAUCGGAGGGGCCCUCUGGCUUUGCAUCCCUGCUGGGUGUCUGCCCAUGCUUUCCUGGGCUGUUCCACGUUGGGUUUGGCAUCGUGCUGGGAGUAGAGGAGCAGUGCAGUGGGCAGGGAGGUGCUGGGCUGGCACUGCUGUGCUGCCUGCAAGGGCUGGAUGCUGCCUCCUGGGCACCAGCUGUGUCUAAAGAGUUGGGAAUGUGCAGAGGCUGUGCUGUCCCUGAGCAAAGUGUGGAGGGAGGGAGGGAGCAGUGUGUGAGCUGUGUUGAUAGCCGAGCUCCAGAACGCUCACUGCUGGAGCUCAGGGCUCUCUGGGUGCUGCUCACAGCGCUGACCCCUGCUGUCUUGCUCUCUGUAGCUCAUCACAGCUUUCCAAGCACUCAUUCUGCUUUCUAGAGGUGCCCUCUUGCUUUAAGGCAGGAACUCCUUCAGGCUCUGCACAAGAGCUGUAUCCCCACGCGUUCAUUUGCAGAAGGUAGAGCAGCCGACUGAUGAAUCACUUUCUGCACUGAAAUUAAGAGAUGUGACCCAGGGGGUUACGAAGGGCCCUGUCCUUGUGCUCUGCCUUUGUGCCACCACUGAGCUUCGUCCUUUGAAGCCACCGGUUCGUCCUGGAGCAGUGAGGAGCUCUGCUUGCUCAUCCCACACCUGAGUACAACCAGCGUAUUUCUUUCAAAGGGAAACUUGCUCCUGUGAUUUCAACUGCUGCACACGCGACAUUAAUUGGAAUCUUGUUGCUGGGCCGCGUUCGUUGCUUUUCAAGUACCAUCAAGUGCAAGAAAUUGUAUGGGAGGUAAAUUGUAGCCCCACGCAGGCUGUCUGAUUGAAUCUCCUUAUGGCUCUGCAGUCUCAAACAUCCCGUUAAAGUACUCCGUCGUGUUCUCUGACUUGAAGGCCCUAUGUGUAAAGGGCAAACUUUCAGAAAACCUACAACCUGUCUGGAGCGAGUCCUGCCCUUUGCUUGUGUUUAUUAAUGAAGAUCAUUAAAUGCAUUUUUAAUUAUAGACAGGCUUUCAUUCCAGGGAAUAACAUCUCCCUCCU